AUGACAAACAACAAAACACUAUGUUUUCAAUGUAAUAAAGAUAAAAUAACAUAUCCCUGUGAAGGAUGUUCAAAAUACUUUUGUUUAACGGAUUUAACAGAACAUCGUCAAAUAUUAAAUGAAGAACUAAGUUAUGUUAUUAAUGAUUACGAUCAAUUUAAAGAAAAAAUUAAUGAACAAAAACAAAAUCCACAAAAUCAUUUAUUAAUAAAACAAAUUAAUCUAUGGGAAAUAAAAUCAAUUGAGAAAAUUCAACAAAAAGCACAAGAGUACAGAGAAUUGCUCAUUAAAUCAUCACAGACAUGUAUUAAUGAUAUUGAAAUGAAACUUAAUGAUUUGCGUGAAAAAAUAACACAAUUUCAAAAAGAAGACGAAUUUCAUGAAAUUAACUUAGAUUAUUUGAGAACUCAAUUAAUAGAAAUUGCAAAAGAAUUCAAUAAUCCAUCAAAUAUGUCUAUUCAACAAAAUUCACGAUCAUUAAUUAAUGAUAUUUCAAUUAUUUCAUCAAAAAAACCAAACUUCAACAAUUGGAAACAAAAUGCCAUUACUGUGGCUGGUGGAAAUGGAUAUGGAGAGAAAUUAAAUCAACUGUAUGCCCCAGAAAGAAUUUUUAUUGAUAAAAAGAAAAAUAUUUUCAUUGCUGAUUAUGCAAAUCAUCGUAUUGUUGAAUGGAAACAUAAUGCAAAAGAAGGACAAAUUAUUGCAGGUGGAAAUGGCGAAGGAAAUCGAAUGGAUCAAUUGGAUCGACCAGCAGAUGUGAUUGUUAAUCAACAAAAUCAUUCGAUCAUCAUUGCUGAUCAAGGGAACAAACGAGUGAUCCAAUGGAUGAAUCAAAAGCAACAAAUCCUAAUUGACAAUAUUGACUGUUAUGGCUUGGCAAUGGAUAAACAUCGAUUUCUUUAUGUCUCUGAUCUUGCGAAGAAUGCAGUGAAACGAUGGAAAAUGGGUGAAUACAACAACGAAGGAAUUAUAGUGGCAGGUGGAAGUGGUGAAGGAGAUGAAUUCAAUCAAUUGAAUUGUCCUAGUUUUAUCUUUGUUGAUGAGGAUCAAUCUGUUUAUGUAUCAGACCAUGAGAAUCAUCGUGUAAUGAAAUGGGAAAAAGAUGCAAAAGAAGGAAUAGUUGUGGCUGGAGGAAAUGGUAAAGGAGGAAAUCUGAAUCAAUUGUCUUCACCUCAAGGAGUAAUUGUCGAUCAUUUAGGUCAAAUCUAUGUGGCAGAUAGUGGAAAUCAUCGAGUAAUGCGUUGGUGUGAAGAAAUAGAAGAAGGUGAAGUUGUUGUUGGUGGAAAUGGUCACGGAAGUCAAUCAAAUCAAUUGUUCGGUCCUCAUGAUUUAUCUUUUGAUGAUGAAGGCAAUCUUUAUGUUGCUGAUUAUUCGAAUCAUCGAAUUCAAAAAUUUGAAAUAAUUUUGUAA